AUGUUAAAUUCAAAUAAUGAGGUGCUUCUCAAAUAAGUCAAUAAAAAUCAAACUCUCCUCAUCCAAAAACUACAAGAUGACAUCUAACUCCUGAAUGAAGAAAUUUAGGCUUCUAAUGAAUAUAUAGACUAACUUAAAUAACAACAUCAUCUAGAAUUAUCACAAUAAUCAUCUAUUAUUCAAGAUCUUAGAAAGGAUUCCGAGAACUAUCAAUAACAAUAAUUGGAACUUCAAUAAAAGUUUACAUAAUCUGUAUUAUAAAAUCAAUUACUACAAUCCAAAUAUGAUAAAAAAAAUAAACUAUAUAAAGAUUAAAUAAUUGAACUCAAACAACAAAUCAAACUUACUCAUCACAAAAACUAAGAUUAUCAAAGAGAUAUUCUUGACCUUCGCAAGUCCAUUGAUAUUAAAAAAAAUGAAGUCUCUAAACUUCAUGACAGCUCUUCAUUAUUAAAUGAAUAAAAUAAAUAGCUAAAAUCUAAUUUAGAACUUCUAAAAGUUGAUUACGAAAAUAAAAUAGAGCAAUAUCAAAAUUUAAUUUAAGACAAAGAUGAGGAAAUAACACUAAUCAUAAACGAAAACGAUUUGUUAAAUAAAACCAAUCUAGAAUUAAUACAAAAUAAUACAAUUCAAUCCUAAACCCUUCACUCUUAAAUCAACACACUACAAUAAGAUAAUCAAAAUCUAUAAAUUUAAUUAUCUGAUCUUCUAAAUCACAACACCCUCUUAAAAUAAUAAUUGAAUUAACAAUCUACUGAAUUACAAAUCAUAUCCUCUUCAAUCUAAUUGCAAUCAGCAGCUUAAUCUCAAUAAAUCCUUGCUGAACAAUAAAAUUAAGAUUUAUUGAAUCACAACUAAGAACUAGAGAUUAUUUUAUAACAAAAAGAUGUGGAUAUAUCAUCUCUAUAAAAAUUUAUUGAGGAUCAAAAUCUCAAAAUUACUCAAUUAGAAUAAUAAAAUAGUGAUCUAGAAUUAUCUUAUCAAUAAGAGAAAUAAAAUAAUCAAGAAUCCUCUAAUUAGAUUAAUUAUUUGUAAGAAUAAAUAUCUAAACUUACAUCAGAUCUGAAAGAAGCUGAAUUAAAACAUAUUUAAGUGAAAUCAAUCCAAGAAACAACUAUUUCUAAACUUAAUUAUGAUAUUCGAUUGUUAGAAUAAAAAAAUGAAGAUUUACUAUUACAUAACAAUAAACUUAUUAAUGAAAUCAAGUAAAAUGAAUUAAUUUAACAAAAAGAAUCUACUCUUAUUUGUUAGAAAAAUUCAGAAUUUGAAAUCUAGCUAUUAGAAUCUUAGCAUUAAAUAGAAGAUUUAAAGCAGCAAAAACAAAAACAAGAACUUGUCAUUGAAAUGUUAAAUCAUUAGUAAUUAUUACAAAAAUAAAUAUAAUCAAAAUUAGAAGAAGAUAUUACUAAAUAUUAAAACUUUCUCAUUUCCCAUGAUAAACAAUUAGAAGCAGUAACUUCUAAUGAAAGCUCUGACUCUAGUGAUUCAAGUGAAGAUUUAAUUACCGAAAAACCACAAUAAUUAAAUUUUGAUUCACUUUGUAAUAAGUUAACCGAAUAAAUCAGACUCAUCUAACUUAGACUAGAAAUUUAUGAAAAAUAAAUCAAGUAAUAUAAACAAGAACUUCAUUCUAAAACUGUUGAAAUUCAAAAAUUGUUUAGUGAAAAUUCUGAAUCAAAUUUAAAAGUAUAAAGAUUAUCUUAAAUGUAACCUAAAUUAGAAUGCUAACUCUAAAACCAAGAAGCAUAUUUAAAAGAAAAAGAUUUAAUUAUACAAAAUUUAACAAAAUAAAUUGAUAAUUUAUAAGCUUAGCUUCAUGAUAAAGAAGAAACAUCUUUAAAUCUUUAAAAAUAAAUACAAAUAUUAAAAGAAGUUUAACAGAAUCAAAUUGAGGAUUUAAAAAAUCAAACUUUUAUUCAGGUUGAAUAAAAACAAGUAAAAAUAGAAGAAUUAACUACAAAAAAUAAAGACUAUGAGGAUCAAUUGAGAUAAAAUGAAAAUAAAAUAAGAUAAUUAGAAAUAGAAAAUGAAUCUUUGAAUCUAAAAAAUACUUCUUAAGAUCUUAAACUAUCAAAUUUAUCAAAUCAACUUUAACUUGAGCUUGCUAUUAAAAAUGAUUUAUAGAGCAAUUUAUUAUCCAUUAAAGAUUAAUAAAUAAAAGCUGAAGCUUCAAUUUAUGAUUUAGUAUUUCAAAAGAUUAAUUCUUAAAUGAACUUAUUUACAAAAGAUAAUACAGAAUAGAUUAAAACCCUGAUAUAAGUAAAAACUGAAUGUCUUCAAAAGAAUAUUUUAAGAAUUAUCAAUAAAUAUUAAAAAAUAUUCGAAAAAAUAUAGAUAAAUUAUCAUAACAUUUAAAAUUUGUAUGAACUUGCUCAAUAGACCUUAAUUUAAAAAGAAAGUUUUUAUUAAAUUGAAAAUGAAAAGCAAUAAAAUCAAAUUAAAACAUUGUAACAGGAAAUGCAAUAAAAAAAUAGACUUAUCCUCUAAUAUGAAGAUUAAUAGAAGAAGUUAUCUUUUGAUUUGCAUAAUAUCGAACAAGAGAAUCAUAACUAAAAAAUAAUGAUUAAUGAGCAAAAUUAAAAAAUAGAUGAAAAAACUAAAAUAAAUAGCUUAGCAAAAGGAUUUAAUAAUCAAAUAGAGGAAUUAUAAAAAAGAAUAAUAAUUAUGUAAUCAGAUCUUGAUAGAGCUGUAUAAAAAAAUACUUAAUUAGAUACCUAAGCUUAAGAUUUAAAAAAUUAAGUUCAUUCUAAAUAAAAUAGAAUUAAUGAACUAAAGCAAGAGUUAAAUCAUCUAAAAAAUGAUUAAACAGGAACAUAAUUGGAUUAGUAAAAAUUUUAAUAACAGUAAAAUUAGAUAUUAGAAUUAAUUUCGAAAAAUACAAAUAUAACCCAAUAAAAUUUAGAUUUAUAACUUAAGUUAAGAGAAAUAUAAGAAAUAAAUUAAAAUUUAUAAGAUAAAGUUAAUUUAUUAAUGAAAUAAGGAAUAAGCUAAAAGGAUGCAAUUAAUUUAUUGCAAUAAUAAAACCAAAUAGAAGUUAAAUAGAAUUUGGAAUUAUUAUAAUAAAUGGACCCCCUAUAAUAGUAGAUAGAUAAUUUAACAAGAGAAAAUAGAAAGUUACAAUAAUUAAAUAAUGAUUUCGAAAAAGCAUAUGGUAAAUUACCACUUUAUGGUAGUCCGAGUCCAAAAAAAGCUCAAAAUUACGAUCAUAAUUCAGUCAAGAGAUUAGAAGAAGAUUCAAAAUAAAUGGAGCUAAAAUUCUAACAAGAAAUGUAGGAUAAGAAUAAAGAAAUAAAUAAUCUCACUUUAUAAUAUGAAUAAAAAUUAGAACAAUUGAGAGAUCUAAAUUAAGAAGAAAUCUAAUAACUAGAAUAAAAUUGUAUUACAUUAAGUAAUCAAUUAAAAUAAUUACAAAUCUUAAACAAUAAACUUGGAGAAGAAAAUGGUCUUAUUGAGAGAGAAAAUAUAAAACUAAAUGAAUAGGUAGAAAAAUUAACAAACUUAUUGGAUUUAUAAAAGUAAAAUCAAAAAUUGCUAGAAAAUAAAGAAACUGAAUUGAGUAGAUUGAACAUGGUCAACUAAUAAAUUUUUGAUGAAAACUAAAAAUUCUAGAAACAAAUUUUCAAUUUAGAGGAGGAAAAUUAAAAUAUUAAAUAAUUACAAAAUAAAUAAAUUAUAAAUAAUUAAGUGAUUGAAUAAUUAUAAAUGAAAAUAAAGUGUAAGUAGUUUAAGUUAUUAUUGUAGUGAAUGAAGAAUAAAUAGAGAGAUUACUAAUGAGUAAUAAAUCGUUGAUGGAAGAGAAUGCAAACCUUUAGGAAUAAAUUAAGGAAGAUUUAAACUCUAGUUUUAGCAGCAGUGUUUCAUAAAAGUGA